AUAAAAACAAAAUAGCAAAGCAAGAUGGUCUGUAAUACCUUCACUUCAGUUGAAACCCUGAUCAGUCUGCAAUGGAGUUUUCAGAAGAAUGGAAAUCCCUAUUCCCAAUAUCUUCAGCAACUCAAUCCCCUCUUCUUCUUACUCACUCCGAUUCCAACUCCCUCGGCCCCCUUUUCUUCAAUCCAAACCCUAUUUCCCUUUCCCUUCUCUAUUCUUCAAACUCUCUCUUUCCCCCUCUUCAUCUCCCACCUCACCUCUUAACUAACCGCUUCCUUUCAACUUCCGACCCUUCCAUUCUCCCUUCCACCGCUUCCACCGUUGCCUCUCUCUUUCACUCUCCACAUCAAUACAACAACAACAACAACAACACCACCAACGUUUCUCACUUCCUUCACAACCGUAUUCAACUUAUUCAAUACCCCGAUUCCCCAAACACUCUCGUUUUCUUCCCAACCGGUUCUAAUGACGAAAAAAUCGGUUUUUUCAUGUUGGGUAUUAAGGAUUCUGUGUUGCUUACUCGUUUUGAUACCAAAGGUGAUAUUUUUAUUGCUUCUAGUGGUUCCAUGGACCGUAUUGUGAACUUUUCAGCUAACCCAGUUACUCAUUCUGAAAUGGAAGGAGGUGUUUAAGGAAACUGUUGUGCACGUUUGUUGGAGUCCUCAUAUUUUGGAAGAGAGUUUGGUUUUGUUAGAAAGUGGUUUGUUGUUUUUGUUUGAUUUGGAGUCUCAAGGUUCUAGUAAGAGUUUCAAAGGG